AUGUUAGCAGUGAAUUUAGACUGUCCUCUCGAUCUUGCUCCACUCGGUAUCAGGAGCAGUCUCUAUGAACAUAUAUGGGAAGGAUACAGCCAUAAACCUGAGCUGGACAUGCAGCAUGUAUGCAAGAACAUGGAUGAAGUGGUUGCGGAGGUGGAGAAUCGGAAAGGAGAUCUGCGGCCAGCUGAUGUCAGGAGAAUAAAUUUGAUUUCAAACCUAAAGGCCAUCUGGAAAUUGAAGAGGGUCUUGACAUCACAAGACAAAGAUGGCUUACCCAUGUGGGCACUGAUCAUAUUACUUGAGUGGGGCAGGGGCCAGACUUCAGUUGGCCUUGCAAAAUUUUGCAAUGGAUCUUCUUCAGAGAAGGGGAUUUAUUCACAUGGUUGUCCCUAG